AUGUCGAAAAGGGAGAGCAUCUCGGACGAAACGCUCGCUGCGGAUCCCCGCGAGCCUCACGCUCCGUCAAACCUAACCGCCCAGCCCAAGUUUCAGUUCAUCUACUUGGAGAAUGGAGAUGGCGUGGGUUUUGAGACCUCGAAGAAGACGGUCAGGUCGUAUGCCGCGAAGAAAUCCCAUGCUCAGACCCGGCGAGAGCAAAUGAUGAAACAUCAACAAGCUCAGAGGCGAGAAGCUGAGCAGUCGGCCGCCGAGCCUGCAUCUCGCCUCCAACGGGGCCAAUCCACGGCUGUAGCUCUGCAGGGGACGAGCAGUCUAGUUCGACCGGCAAGCCCCGUAACCCUGCUCUCGGCUGCCCCCAUAGACCCGUUUGCCUCAGCUGCAAGGCCAAUCUCCAAGUUCGAGUACUGCCUCCUUGACCACGUUAUACACGUUGUGGCCCGUCGCAGCAAUUUCUCCACACCUUCUUUCCCGACCCCUGAAACAUACUGGCAGGGAUUGAGGACACAAUGGGUACCGCUUGCACUGACUGACCCUGGCAUGCUGGAUGGGCUCCUCACCCCCGCCUGCCGGAGCCUGCAUUCCCUUUAUGGCGAUGGCCGCUCUGCGUACUGGACGUGUGCUCUCAGCUAUAAAACGGCUUGCAUCGUGUCUCUCAGCCAGGCCAUUUCAAGGGAGGGGAACAAUCCUCGUGAUUCGACGAUAGCCAAAGCGGUCAUCCUGGCCGGAGAUGAGGCCUCCAUUGGCGACCUUCUAAGUGCGAAGCAACACAUCGAUGCCGCGCUACAGAUGGUAGCACUGAGGGGGGGCCGGGCAAUGCUUGGCACUAAUGGAUUCCUGGCCGGACUGAUCGAUGUGUUUUCGUCUGAUCAAAGCACCGAGUAA